ACCUACUGGAUUGUUGUAACAGAAGUAAAGAUUGGUGCAGUUACUCAUCCUCCAAUAGGUGUAUGGAAGCUUGCCUGGAGUAUCACCCUGUUAAUCAUAAUCUUACCACAGCGUUGUCAUGGAGACUGCAUUAACAACUUAAACACCUGUGAGUGGUAUCCCUGGGCGAGCUGGUCAUCCUGCAGCAGGACCUGUGGAGGUGGAAUCCAGACACGGACACGGAGCUUGUGCUGUAAGGCCGACCUUGACUAUGAUGCAUGUCUACGUGACUGCAGCCUACUAGACACUGGCAGAGAGACACAGUCCUGUAACACGGACUGUCAGCAUGGAGGAACAUACAGCAAUGGCUACUGUCACUGUCCACCCUUACGAUACGGCAUUUGCUGUGAAAGAGAUGAGGCCCACGCGGAUGGUGACUGUGCCAAGAGGUGCACGUGGACCAACUGGCGUUCCUGGAGUAGCUGCAGCACCACCUGUGGAGGGGGAACUAGAACUAGAACACGCAAACCAUGUUGUCUCAAGGUUUUGACGUCUGACCAGUGUAUGUCAAACUGCACCUUUUCGUCAUCUGACCAGAGAGAGACAUCAGCAUGCAGUGGUUAUUGCUCUAAUGGAGGGACCGUUUCUAUAACAUAUUGCGGCUGUCCCCCGGGUUAUGGUGGUGCAUGCUGUGAAAUAGAGAGGACACCCGGCGACUGCAGCAAGUGUUCCCUCCUGGCUUGGUCAAACUGGGGCUCAUGUUCAGAGACCUGUGGUGGCGGCGAGCAGUCCAGAACGAGGAAACCAUGCUGCAGACUCCAACAGUCUCAGCAGGAAUGUAUGGCAGAGUGUGGGUUAACUGGGGAGGACUUGCAAAUGACGCACAACUGCAGUCAAACAUGUGACCACGGAGUCUUUAACAACAGCCAGUGUCACUGCUACGAUGGUUAUAGAGGACGGUGUUGUAACAUAGAGAGGACACCCGGCGACUGCAGCAAGUGUUCCCUCCUGGCUUGGUCAAACUGGGGCUCAUGUUCAGAGACCUGUGGUGGCGGCGAGCAGUCCAGAACGAGGAAACCAUGCUGCAGACUCCAACAGUCUCAGCAGGAAUGUAUGGCAGAGUGUGGGUUAACUGGGGAGGACUUGCAAAUGACGCACAACUGCAGUCAAACAUGUGACCACGGAGUCUUUAACAACAGCCAGUGUCACUGCUACGAUGGUUAUAGAGGACGGUGUUGUAACAUAGAGAGGACACCCGGCGACUGCAGCAAAUGUGCCCUUCUGGCUUGGUCAAACUGGGGCUCAUGUUCAGAGACCUGUGGUGGCGGCGAGCAGUCCAGAACGAGGAAGCCAUGCUGCAGACUCCAACAGUCCCAGCAGGAAUGUAUGGCAGAGUGCGGGUUAAGUGGGAAGGACUUGCAAAUGACCCACAACUGCAGUCAAACAUGUGACCAUGGAGUCUUUAACAACAGCCAGUGUCACUGCUACGAUGAUUAUAGAGGAAGGUGUUGUAACAUAGAGAGGACACCCGGCGACUGCACCAAGUGUUCCCUCCUGGCUUGGUCAAACUGGGGCUCAUGUUCAGAGACCUGUGGUGGCGGCGAGCAGUCCAGAACGAGGAAGCCAUGCUGCAGACUCCAACAGUCCCAGCAAGAAUGUAUGACAGAGUGUGGGUUAACUGGGGAGGACUUGCAAAUGAUGCAAAACUGCAGUCAAACAUGUGACCAUGGAGUCUUUAACAACAGCCAGUGUCACUGCUACGAUGAUUAUAGAGGACGGUGUUGUAACAUAGAGAGGACACCCGGCGACUGCACCAAGUGUUCCCUCCUGGCUUGGUCAAACUGGGGCUCAUGUUCAGAGACCUGUGGUGGCGGCGAGCAGUCCAGAACGAGGAAGCCAUGCUGCAGACUCCAACAGUCCCAGCAGGAAUGUAUGGCAGAGUGUGGGUUAAGUGGGGAGGACUUGCAAAUGACGCACAACUGCAGUCAAACAUGUGACCACGGAGUCUUUAACAACAGCCAGUGUCACUGCUACGAUGAUUAUAGAGGACGGUGUUGUAACAUAGAGGCCACGCCCAAAAACUGCUCCAAGUGUCCCCCUACAGCUGGUUGUCCUGGAACACGUGUUCAGAGACAUGUACAGACUACGAGUCGCCUACCUUGCUGCAGGCUUCAUCAGACGCCGCAAGGCUGCAUGGCAGUUUCAUCAUGGGAAUAUACUGCUGACGCUGCCACGGACGCCAAACAUAAAUCGACUUUCUUUUCAUCUGUCUUGAUGCGGGCUGUAUACAAAGAGGGAAAGACGCACACACCGCCUCGAGCUCUCUACUGGCUACAGCAAUGUUGGCAUACGCAGCCUCUCUAAUGACCACUGUCAUGUUGGCCGGAGCUGUUCUGACCGAAGGGGCUAGAAGUGUCCCUGGCCUGGCUGUUGCACCUGCCCAUGUGAUCAAAAGCUGGACGGUGGCUGCCCGGGACCGGUGUUACAAGCUGUGUCUGUACACACCCAACUGUGUCUCUGUGAACUGGCGCUGGAAGACAACCCCUGCGGUGUGUGACCUCAACAAGGUGACUGAGACAGACUCCCCUGAAGCCGUGGCACCUGAUGACGAGACCGUCUACAUUGAACUGUCUGCAGAGGAACAGUCUGGCCGGGUGCGCAUGUGUCAGCCCUCAGAGAUGCAUGUACCUGUUCUCGGUCAUCAAGGAUAUCUGUGCCUAAGGCUGGGGUUGAAAACCGACGACACGACGACAGAGGGAGGGACACUCCCUCCCCCUGUAUCGACCACUACCAGAGGAGAAGGGACAGUUCCUCCUGUACCGACCACUACCCGCGAAGAAGGGACAGUUCCUCCCUCUGUACCGACCACUACCAGAGGAGAAGAACGGACAGUUCCUCCUUCUGUACCGACCACUACCAGAGGAGAAGGGACAGUUGCUCCUUCUGUACCGACCACUACCGGAGGAGAAGAACGGACAACAGGGAAGCCUUGUUCUUCUGGCUUCAAGCCUUAUAACAAGACUAUUCUACGUCAAAACAGACGAACCAUGAAGACUUUGACGGUUGAUCGAUGUUUAGUGGAAUGUCUCCUUGAAACGGAAUAUGUUUGUCGUUCUUUGGACCUCAGGCCAAGGGGCGGAGUUUUUGUAUGCAGACUUUCUGAUGUCACCAACGAUUGGCAGAGGACUAGCGAAAAUGUAACAUACUAUGAGCGAGUAUGUCCUCCGUGAGACACUUGCUUAAUAAGUUACAUAUACUGAA